CACCUCUCUCUCCCAUCCCAGGCGCCCAAGCUCCCACUCUCCGAUCCUCCUCUCUCAAUACAGUGUCAGGGCUAAUAGUGGCAAAACAGUCGUGCUUCGUCGACUACCAUCAUCAAUUAUAAUAUUCGGGAUGAGUAACGUACUAUCAUUCUUCAGCUUUCUGUGCAAUGAUCUGAAAGUGAUGAAUUAAAAUACUGAAAAGGACGAUAACAUUCAUCGUGUGUUGUUUGUUAGUCUUCUCAAAAAGCCGUGCUCACUGAGGACAAGGUACGGGAGUGAUGGUUCGCUAACCCGGUAGAAUCGGGUAAGGUGUUCAUUGGUUCUCGCUGAAUUCACCCAUGUUGCACCACCGCAUCUCCUAGAUCUUCACUUAGGAAAAAAAGACCGUCUUUGUAACAAUCGUUGUGGGCUUUAAGGGAAAUUCAACCAGAUUCGUUGCCUGAAGAUGCACAUGUGAACAAUUGGGAAUUUGGUCUUUCCGUUGUCGGCAAUCUAAGAUGUCUCUUUUCAAACCUAUCACCAAUCUAAACCUCAGUGGGUCGACCACCAUCGCUCCUGACAACCAAUCCGUAUACAUCACAGAGAUUGAUGCUCAGAAAAGGUUUGCACGAUGUGGGGAGCCGUUGAUAGCCACGGUGUGUUCAGAUCAUACCAUCAAACUGGUCGGUAAAGAUUCCAUGUCAUCUCGAGGCCAACUCACAGGUCACAGUGGACCUGUUUCAGGUGUAAGCUUUGCACAUAGAAACCCAUUCACAGUAUUCUCAUCAUCAAGAGAUGGUACCGUCAGAUGUUGGGACACGCGGAUGAAAAGAAACAAAGCUCCCCAAGUCUUCACAGGUUACGAGGGAAAUUCUUUCACAAGCUUUGACAUCAACUCCACCGAUGACAUUUUAAGUGCUGGUACGGAAGCAGUAGAUAAUGAUGCAUACCUCAUGUUUUGGGAUAGGAGAAGUACAAAUCUCCUUGGUACAUACAAGGAAUCACAUUCAGAUGAUAUUACACAGAACAAUCCUUUUGUCAUAAAACAGGUCAAAUUUCACCCCACCAAAUCAUCAAGUUUAGCAACAGGAUCGACCGAUGGGCUUGUCUGUGUGUUCGAUACGAGUCAAACGAAUGAAGAAGAUGCCCUUGUGACGACGCUCAAUGCUGAAUCAUCAGUGAGCCAUAUUGAUUGGUGUGGAACAAAUAGUGAAUAUCUCUACUGCUUAACUCAUACGGAAACCAUCAGAAUAUUUGAUGCUGUUGAGUCAUCAGAAAUUACCAAAUUUGACUCAGUAAGGGAAUCAUUAAUGGAGGAUCUAUGUAAGGUGGACUAUCUGGUUGAUUGUUUCUAUCAUUCUGGUCUAAAGUCGUUAGUAGUUCUAGGAGGAACAGUAAGCGGUGACUUGCAUCUUCUAACUGUUGGGAGAGACAGACUUCAUUUUGUACAUUCAUUGAAAGGAACUCAUAAAGGAGUAGUAAGGUGUCUUCACUGGGAUGAUCAGACGCAGACAUUGAUCACAGGGGGAGAAGAUUCUGUGGUAUCGUCAUGGCAACCUGAUAGGACUGCCAAUCAGUCAUCAACAAAGAAGAGCACACCAGCACCGACGAGUAGGAUUCGGCAAGGAAGGAGAGCAGAGAAGAGAGGCUCACCGGUCAAGAGCCAACCUGAGAAAAUUGCCAAAAGACUGCAGAGGAUGAAAAUACAGCAUGGAUCAAAACCAUAUUCACCCUAAACCUGAAAUCAAAACACACUAGUUAUCGCUCAUGUCUCAAUGUUUCAAUGUUUGGUUCUGUCAUUUUUUGGCUGCUCUGUAAAUGCGUCUUACAUGUAUUGUAAAUGUUUAUUUUUAAAGGAAUGUGCAAUAUGAAAUGACCUUUUUUUUCAGUUUCAUUGUCAAUUGCUUUUCUGAUAUUGAAUGAAAUGUUACUGCACUAUCACAAUCAGAAUCUCUUCAAAUUCUUGAUUUUAAACAGUACCUAUGAAAAUGAAAUAUCACUUUGUAGAAUCUGAAAGGUUGCUUGAGUUUGCCAGAUAUAACGACUGGCAAUGCAUGCAGACUGCUAAGUAGUUAAAAUACUUAUAUCAUCCAUGAACUUGAGAAUGCUAGUGAAAAGGUCCAUUCUUUUCAGAUCUCACCCCAAAAGGGGAUAUUUUGUAAAUGAUGUUAGAUUUCAGUGUAAAUGUUGGUCAUAUAUGUGGUUUUGUAUGAAGUGUUAUACAAAUGUUUGUACAGUCAUACCUUUUAGAGUGUCUACAUAGAUGUACAUUGUAUAUGUAUACUUGUAUUGUAUGGAUCUGAUGUGAGCUGUUUAUCCUAAGAUUCUAAGUAAUCUUGAUCAAAUAUGAUUAUAUAGGCUUAGUGUUGAUGAAUAUUAAUGGUUGUAAUGGAUUUAUAAUCCUUUUCUUUCAGUCUGGCAUCAUAAGUGUUUCUCAACACUGUUAUUCCCAAUUUAGACAAAUUUAAUUGCAAUAGGGGUCUUUUACUAUUGUAUUUUGAAUUUCUUUUGCAUUAAGGAAUUCUGGCAGAUAUUUUUGUGAUUUUAUUGCACUUGAGUAUUUUCUUUGAAUUGUUUGGCGUAACACAUUUGGAUAUGUUCACGCCUACUAUUAACUCACAUAACACUAUCACUGUGUAUCCAUAUUUUGUUUAGACUAUACUGACCAGUAAAUGAUCAAAACUGUUUUAUUUUCAAUUUUUUUAUUCCAUUUAUCACUAGCAUUUUAUAUUAUUGGGGGACAAGAAUUUAUGGGCAACCCUUUAUACCUCUUAUUCAGUCAAGUGAUACAGAAAGAUUGAUUAUUUUUAUUUGUCAACAAUACAUACAGGGCUGGUCACAAUGUUGCUGGAGUUGUUUUCAGUUCUUCUUAAGUCCUGGACCUAACAAGCCUAAGCCAAGUGUUGUGAUAACUGGACAGCCUG